AAAUUGAAGGCCGGAUUUCAUUCGCCGUCGAACCCCCAAUCCCCAAUCUCUGUCCCCCAUCCCCCAUCCCUUCACGGCUUCACCCAUCAUCCCCUUCCACAUCACCUUUCUCCCUUAUCUCUUUCUUUCUCUCUCUCUUCCCUUUUUUAUUUCUUCUCUUUCCUGCUCCAGAGUAAGAACAAAAAGGAUGUCGAUGAAUUCCGAAUGAUAGAUCGAGAUUGACGACAGCAAAUUUGAGUUGGAGUUGCCGCUGACAAUCUCUGGGUUCCAUGUAUAUGUAAGAGAGAGAGAGAGAGAGAGGGGAAAGGAAAGAAAGAGAACGUCGAACAGAGAGAAGGGAUGAUGAUGCCAGAAAAAUCGCCGACUGGGGAUGGAGGCGGGUGUGGGUGGUUUGGCGUCGUCAUGCUCGUCAGCAUAUGUUACAGGUACUUGGAAAAAUUUCUUAAUAAUUGAGGAGCACGUCCGAAGUAUCCCAUUGCUAUAUAUAUAUGCAACUCUUAUAGCAGAAUAGGCACCAAAAGCAAGAGUACGCAGAGGCAUUAUUUGAGAACUAAAACAAAAAUGGAGCUAGAGCAAGUGCUUCACAUGAAUGGAGGAGUUGGGAAAACAAGCUAUGCAACCAACUCUCUACAUCCAAGAGCUGUGAUUUCAUUGGUGAAGCCCAUAGUUAACGCAAGCAUAGAGCAGCUUUGCGGCAAACUCUUCUCUGACUGUUUGAAAAUAGCAGACUUGGGAUGCUCUUCCGGACCCAACACCCUUUUGGUGGUAUCAGAUAUCAUACACAACAUCCAUGCCGCUUUCCAAAAACUGAACCGUCCAUAUCCUACCAUCCAAGUCUUCUUGAACGAUCUUCCCGGAAACGAUUUCAACACUGUGUUCAGGUCACUGCCAGGGUUCUAUAAGAAAUUUGAGGAAGAACUGAAGUUAGGGCCAUGUUUCAUUACUGCAAUGCCUGGUUCUUUCUAUGGCAGGCUCUUUCCAAACAAUUCUCUUUGCAUAAAGAGCCAUGAUCCACUUUGCAUUUGGGAAGUUGUCGGACUUAAACUCAAUGAUAUGGUUUUAGAGGGUUUGAUUGAGGACGAAAAAUUGGACACAUUCGAUCUGCCAUAUUAUGCACCUACAACAAAGGAGGUUGAAGAUGUGAUCGAGGCGGAAGGAUCUUUAACUUUGCAAAGCCUUGAAGUUUUAAAAAAUGAUUGGGACUCUUAUAUAAAGCGUGCUGACGGUCGCCUUGAUAGAAAGGCAAGGGCUGCCGUACUUGCCACUGAUAUAAGGGCUGUGGGAGAGCCUAUUCUGGCAACCCAAUUCGGAGAAGCAGCUAUGGACGAUUUGUUUCGCCGGUUCGAAGAAGAUGUCCUUGAUCACAUGGAUAGGGAGAAUUGCCAGUACAUUAGCCUGGUUAUCUCGUUGACAAAGAAGCGUUGAAUAAAAUGAAUAUGCAAAGAGAACAAGAUUUAGGUUAUAUUGUUCUUUUUAUCA